ACCCCAGCGACCCACCCAAAAAAAUCGCAACUCACAACUCCUCUCCUGCGCGCUCUCUUAAACCUUUCCCCCCACCCUCACCCCAAAACCUUCUUGAACCUUCCGGGGAAACCCCAGGAACCAGAGCCCAGGGUUGAGCCGAGGAGAUGUCGGCGAGGCUGCGGGUGGAGGAGCUCCGCGCGGAGCUGCAGCGCCGCGGCCUCGACUCCUCCGGCACUAAGCCGGCGCUCGUGCGGAGGCUGGACGCCGCGAUUCGCAAGGAGGAGAAGGCAGCAAUUUCCAAGGCGGCAGAUGGGGACGGGGUAGCCGUAGAUGGUGCGGUCGUGGAUGGCGAAGGGAACGGCGAGAACAACAAGAAGAGGAAAAGGCCCGCUGACGGGGAGGAUGAGGGGAACGGCGAUCUGUCACUGGAUGCAGACGAGCUAGAGGGCAUGGGGUACCGCGAGCUGCAGGCGUUGGCUAAGGCACGGGGGCUCGCGGUGAAUGGGAGCAAGAAGGAUAUCAUCGAGAGGUUGCUUUCGGCCCCUGCUGAUGGCGCUGUAGCUGCGGAUGGUGGUGGGCAGGACAAGAAGGAAGCUGCAAAAGGUGGUGAUGCGGAGGUUGAAGUGGAGGUGAAAAAGAAGAAGAUGGUUACAGCCACGAAGAAGGGUGCUGCAGUGCUGGAUAAGCACAUCCCUGACCACAUACAAAUGACCUAUCAUGUCUUGCAAGUGGGUGAUGAGAUCUAUGAUGCCACAUUGAACCAGACUAAUGUUGGAAACAAUAACAAUAAGUUCUAUAUCAUCCAAGUUUUAGAAUCUGAUGUUGGUGGGAGCUUCAUGGUUUACAAUAGAUGGGGAAGAGUAGGGGUACGAGGUCAAGAUAAGCUAUUUGGUGCCUUUUCAUCACGAGACCAAGCAAUAUUUGAAUUUGAGAGAAAGUUUCAGGACAAAACUUAUAAUCUUUGGUCUGAUCGCAAGAACUUCAAAUAUUAUUCAAAGAAAUACACUUGGCUUGAAAUGGACUACAGGGAAACUGAAAAGGAAACAAAUAAGACCGACAAGAGAGGUUCCAUUACUGAUCAAAUAAAAGAGACAAAACUCGAAACUAGAGUUGCACAAUUCAUAUCCCUGAUCUGCAAUAUUAGCAUGAUGAAGCAGCAAAUGGUGGAAAUAGGUUAUAAUGCCGAUAAACUUCCCCUUGGAAAGCUAAGCAACUCUACAAUACUUAAGGGUUAUGAUGUUCUGAAGAGAAUCUCCAAUGUUAUUUCAAGGGCAAACAUGCAACAGCUUGAGCAAUUAACUGGGGAAUUCUACACUGUGAUUCCUCAUGACUUUGGUUUCAGAAAUAUGUGUGAAUUUAUCAUCGACACUCCUCAGAAACUAAAAGCUAAGCUGGAAAUGGUUGAAGCCCUUGGUGAGAUUGAGAUUGCAACCAAGCUUCUGGAGGAUGAUUCAAAUGACAAGGAUGAUCCAUUAUAUGCUCGAUACAAGCAACUUCGUUGUGACUUUACACCUCUUGAAGUUGAUUCAGAAGAAUACUCUCUGAUAAAAACCUAUUUGAUGAAUACUCACGCCAAGACACACUCGGGUUAUACUGUGGACGUAGUUCAAAUAUUUAAGGUGUCAAGGCAUGGUGAAACAGAGCGGUUUCAGAAGUUUACUAGUACCGGAAAUAGGAUGCUUUUGUGGCAUGGUUCUCGGUUGAGCAACUGGACUGGGAUCCUUUCUCAGGGUUUGCGAAUCGCUCCUCCGGAAGCACCUGUUACUGGCUACAUGUUCGGCAAGGGCGUUUAUUUUGCUGAUAUGUUUUCCAAGAGUGCAAACUAUUGCUAUGCUUCAGAGGCAUCUAGAUCUGGAGUACUGCUUCUAUGUGAGGUUGCAUUGGGCAAUAUGAAUGAGCUACUAAAUGCAGAUUACCAUGCUAAUAACCUGCCCAAGGGAAAACUAAGUACGAAGGGAGUUGGUCAAACUGCACCAGACUUAGUGGAGUCUAAGGUCACCGAUGAUGGUGUGGUUGUUCCCCUUGGGAAACCUAAACAGGAACCUUCCAAAAGGGGUUGCUUGCUUUACAACGAGUACAUAGUGUACAACGUAGAUCAGAUAAGAAUGCGGUAUGUGCUGCAUGUCUCCUUCAACUUCAAGAGACGGUAGACGGGGUCGGUGACCAGCCGAAGGCAGUGCUAAGAUCAUUCGCUCAUCUUCACAUUAGCACCAGUGAUUCCCUUCGUGGGUCAUACUGUCAGUAGAUUUGUAAUCCUUGCAUUUUGAUGUUGUUCCAGGCUUCUAGCCUCUGGACGGCUGAGGCUGUGUUUAUGUAUGAACCAACACAAUCCAUCUUCUAUGCAUUGGCAUGCUGCUGGUGUAUGUAUUUGUGUAGUCCCAACGUAUUCGGAACCCCUACCCCAACGAAGCACCGGUCAAUAUUUUACGAAUGCAUUCAACAUUAGUUCCGACUGA